AUGCAAUUGCGUCUCCUCUUGGGCGCAUCUGCGUUCGUCGCAAGUGCGCUCGCUGUAGCGCCCCAAGCUGCAUCAGCUCUGCCGCCUGCGGUGACAGAGAUCGCUAUCUUCGAUGGCGCGCAGUGGACACUCAUGCCGCGCAAAGAGUAUGACAGCAAUGUACAGAGGAAGCUAGCUCGACGUGACGCUCCUCAGCCAUUCAAGCUGUCAGACCUUCACAAGAGAGCCACAAGCUCGAGCUCGUCGACUACAAGCGCGCCUACUGUCUCUCCCUCGAGCAGCGUAAUGACCAAUGCUUCGUCGUCCAGUGUCACGACGUCUUCAUCUACGACAUCUCCCGAUCCGGUACCUACCACUACGCUCACCCUGCCGUCACCGCCGAUGCCUACAGGCGUUCUUGCCAAUGUGACCGUACCCGCAAACCUCUCGACUCUGAACGAUUUUGUCAACGCUUUCAAGAUUGUGGCAUGGGGCUUUGGACAAGCUCUUACCACGCUGGUCCAAAGCGUGCCUACCACCGUCUAUUCGGCUGUGGGGCUCAAUUAUGCCGGCUCAAACAAUCACUCUGCCAUUCGCGCAUUUUAUCCCGCUGGCUCCUUCUCGCCCGGUAAUCAGCCCAUAGGCGGAUUUGGCAUGUAUGCACAGCCACUCAAUCUCGCUUCAGCGAAGAACGUCAGCUUCAGCUAUUCUGUGCUGUUUCCGAAGGACUUCAACUUCGUGAUGGGAGGAAAGCUGCCGGGCUUGAUGGGCACAGGCACGAAGAGUCAUUCUUGCAGCGGUGGAUACGUUGCGGAAGACUGUUGGAGCACGCGGAUGAUGUGGCGUGGCAAAGGUAACGGCGAGCUGUACUUCUACGGCCCUCGUGGCAAGCAGCAAGCCGGCUUCUGCGCAAUGACGCCCAACAAUAUCUGCAAUACGACAGACGGGAUGAGCAUCGGCAGAGGAUCCUGGCAACUUACGCCCGGGGCAUGGACCAAUAUAAGACAAGACAUCUGGCUCAAUACUCCCGGCAUCGCAAACGGCGGCUUCAACAUCUGGAUCAAUGGAAGACUUGCGACGCACUCCGAUCAGGUUUACUACCAGAACCCUGACAACAGAUCUACUUGGAACCAGACUCCGAUACCCAUCUCGACCUACACCGUUCCGGCAUCGACUGUAACGAUCACCUACCCGCCUUCGACAUUGGCAAGCUCCACAGCAACGAGCACCAUCACGCCCGCUCCAAACAGCAAUGCGCUGCUCGCUGGACUCUCUGGCAAGAUUGUGCGCAUCGCACAUGCCGUCCAGUCCUCUGCUGCAGCUGCCGAGUCUGUCGCACCUGCUGCGCUGUCGCUCGUGCCCGUGACACUUGAUCAGUGGGGUCAAGCACACCCUGUCGGCAUCGACGUCUACGACCGCCGUCGUCGCUCGCUUGAUGAGGAAAGCCAAUUUCAUCACAAGCGCGCCGCGCACCACCAUCACAGAGUCGCUCGCAAGGCUUCGCACGCCAAGAAGUCCAAAUCGAGUAAGAAGAGCACCAAAAAGAGCUCGAAGACGACCAAGAAAGCUUCAAAGCCAAAGACGACGACUGCCAAAGGCAGGACGACAACGAAGACUCGCACGAGCACGAUCUACGCGAUCGCUACUCAGACGACUUAUGUCGACGUCACAGCUACAAGCACAGCUUUGGUCACGCAAACGUCCACUACCAAGCCGACGACGACAACGGUUAUGAGAACAGCCUUUUCUACAACAACCCUGGUCAAGCGUGCGGUCGCGACCUCAAGUCCGACUUCGAGCCCGGCUAAGGUCACGAAGUACAAGACAAUCACUGUGACCAGCACGAGCACGACGAUGCUUACAGUCACCCGGCCUCACGUGCAGACUUUGACGAACAUCAUUAAAGCUGUCGUCACGCCUAGAGCGACCGUGCUGGCUACCACGACUGUGGUCCGUACAAGCACAACAUCCUCGUCGUCUUCGAUUUCUGUUCGUUCGUCCUUCUCCUCCUCAAGCAGCCGAUCAUCAAGCAGCAGCUCGUCGUCAUCGACCGCCAAGAGCUCAUCGUCAACAACAUCGUCCCGGAGCUCAUCCUCAUCUUCGACCACAAAGAGCUCAUCGUCGACGUCGACAUCAACGAGUUCAUUAUCGUCGUCACAAUCGAGCAAGAGCUCGAUUUCAUCUUCAUCGUCGAGCAGCAAGUCAAGUUCCUCGUCCUCGACAACUUCUGCGAGCAGCUCGUCUUCGUCGACGAGCAGCUCCCCCAGCAUCACGCCUACACCCACGCCAAGCGCGAGCUAUUCGACUUCGACCAUCCCAGCGUCAACAGUGACGCUUUACUCAGCGCCGCCCGCCAGGACUGCAUUGGCACCUUUCAAGGGCGCGAUGUUGGAUACGUUCUAUGGCGGAAGCUCAAUCAGUUGGGCGCCCACUGUCGAUGAAGAAGCUUGGUUCGACAACUGGUCCAUGUGGAUCAAUGCUUAA